ACCAAAGAAGGAGUAAAAUCGAGAAACCAUAAAUCUAAAGUCAAAACCCUAGGGCUUGAAGAUGUUCUACUCACACAACUCUCACAAAGAGAAGUCUUUUAUAGACAAUUUGGAUGGCAACGCAUAUGCAAUAGAUUCGAAAACCCCAAACCAUAGCCAUUGAUUUACCUUCAUCUAUUGGGACUUUUGCUCUUUAUGGGACAUUAGAAUGGAUAUACAUCCUCCUGUAAAGAUCCAGAAAUUAGUCCAAUGGAAAAAGAUGAUAUAAUGUGUAAAGAAAGAAGUUGACCCAAUUCCAUGGCAAUUAGAGAGUCACGACUGCUUCGAGCAGUACAGUCUUGCUCCUUGAAAUUCUUUAAUUAGCUAUCCCUUGUUUCAAUGGAAAUCUAAGGAGAAUAAGGUCUUCAACCUUCAGAUCAUCUCUCUUCAUUAUUUACAAAUGGCACCCAUCCUACACAUGUUCAUCUUUCUGCUUGCAUCAACUGAACUGAUUGUUGCUAGGCUGGCCGAGGAUGGUUUGCCUACAUGGGUGAAAAACAAAGAAUUGUAUUUAUUACGAGAUCAAGUAGAAGCAGAUGUUGUAGUGUCCACGGAUGGGACCGGGGACUAUCUAAAGAUUAUGGACGCAGUGGAAAAUGCUCCGAACAACAGUGACCAUAGAUAUAUCAUCUACCUAAAGAAGGGCUUGUACCUGGAAAACGUACUAAUCAGUGCAAGCAAAUCGAACCUUAUGCUGCUCGGAGAUGGAAUGAGCAACACCAUUAUUUCCGGUAACCGCAGCAAGGACGGAGUCCACUGGAACUGUACUUUUGAUACUGCCACCUUUGCUGUGAUUGGUAAUGGAUUCAUUGCCAAAGACCUGACCUUUGAGAACACAGCGGGUCCCCAGAUGAACCAAUCGGUGGCACUCCUAUCGGAUUCGGACCAAUCAGUGUUCUUCAGAUGUGGCAUUAUGGGAUACCAAGACACCCUCUAUGCUCACUACAACCUCCAGUUCUACCGUGAAUGCCGCAUCAGUGGCACCGUCGACUUCAUCUUCGGCGACGGAACUGUAGUCUUCCAGAACUGCGAGAUCAUAGCCAGGAAGGGCCGCCCAAAACAGAAGAACACGAUCACCGCCCAUGGCUGCGAGAAACUCAACGAAACUACUGGCUUCUCUUUCCAAUUCUGCAACAUUUCCGCUGACUUGGACUUGAUUGCUUCUGAUUACUCUAACCCAACUUACCUGGGUCGACCCUGGCAACGUUACUCACGUACCAUCUUCAUGCAAUCCUACAUGAGUAGCGUCAUCAGUCCAGAAGGGUGGUUGGAGUGGGAGGGCCAGGAAGAUUUCAACAAAACACUAUUCUAUGCGGAGUACAAGAACUAUGGGCUAGGGGCCAACCUGAGUCUGCGGGUCAAAUGGCCUGGGUUCCAUGCCAUCAAUGACGACGCCCAGGCCGACAUAUUUACGGUCUCUAAAUUCAUCGAUGGCAAUUCAUGGUUGCCUUCCACCGGUGUUAAUUAUACGGGAGGUUUGACCGCAUAAUAAUAAUAACUACAAUAUAUAAGUCCGGUUCAUUGUAUAUAAUAAUAAUAAUAAUAGUCCAAUUAGAUGCCUAUUUAAAAUGAUGAGAAAAAUCUGUUUGUACUCAACCCAACUACAAUACGAUACAAUAUUGUAAUUGGACUCUUCUGUUCACCUUCACAUCAUUUUAACUAGAUUUUGGAAUAGGGUGAUGGGAAUAAUGUUGGAAGCAUUCCAAAUAUAGAUUGAAUUUAAAAUUUCAGUUAUAACGGCUGAUAAAUAGUUGAGGAAAUUAUUCUCCCA